CACGACGAUAGUACCGUGAAAGAGGCGGAUUUGUAGUACGUAUUCCAUAUAUGGCACAACCUAACAAGCGAAUAGAAGCACCUGAGUAAUCACAAAAUGGCGGUAAAACUGCAUGGGCUGCAUGGGCUGCAUGGGCUGCGUAUUACGGUGAAACAUUUGGUUGCAUAUAGCUAUUAGAUGCAUGGGCUCACACUCGGAUUAACUAAACAAUGAUUUCAAGGCUAUCUCAAGUAACUCUUCUUUGCCAGUGCAAAUUCAAACUGUUAUUUGUUUUGAGUUUGUUGACAUUGCUGUUAGUGCUGAGUUACCAGUACUUUUCCAUUGCUGGUCUUGCUAAUACAAACACCGAGUAUGRUAAACAUAURAAAUCACAAUGGUUAUAUGAAAGACCAUUGCCCAAGAACGUACAUCAAAACGUCAAGUCUUGGUAUAGGAUCAUUGCAGAAAAUACCGAGCGAAAUAACUUUUGGAAAUCAGUAUGGAUAUAUGAAAGACCAUUGUCCAAGGCAUUACUUCAAGAUAUAAAAGCAUGGGAUAUGGAUGCAUCACUACAUGUCUUCUGUGGCACUUUUGCUUGUGUAAAAGAUUUGGCAAACACCAAUCGAAUUACAGCCUCAUUUCUGGUAAUUAGUACACUAAUUAAUAAUACUGUUUUUGAUACCUGGUUUAGAAGGCAUCCUUUGAAUAAAAUCCUUGAAGAAGAGAACUUUGAGGAUCAUUUGCAGCAAGUAGUGGCAUUGACUUUGAUCUUCCGCAAAGGUGGUACAUAUUUUGAUCCAAGACUGAAAAAGGAACUAUUGCACACUUUACCUGCUAACACAACAUGCAUUGCCGUUGCAUCUAGCACCAAUUUGCCCAGUAUCGUGGGGCUAUUCAACUUUCCCAAGGAGCAUCCAUUAAUUUGGAAGAUCGGAGAAGUAAUGUUAAAUCAGUAUAAAAGAGAUGCUGACGACGUAAAAAAAUGGCCWAUCAGGUUUAAUUUUAGAGAGAUAUCUUCGAUUGCCUGCAAAUCAUAUCCUGAUAUUUGCGCAAAAAUUAUCGACCUUGAUAGUAAACACUUCUAUAUGGAAACUCCCAAUAUUGAGAAUAGUUUUGGUACAUUAUCUUACGAUGCCAGAGUUCGUGUUGCUGGUGAUGCGAAUCUCGGCGAUGAGAUCCAGGGAUUUCCAGGAUUGCAAUUUCUCCCUUUCAUGAACGAGUUUGUUGAAACAGAUCAACUUCACUCUACUAACAAAAAAAAGAACAUUACCACAUUUUUCAACGCUUGGUGGGGUUCUCCCUCACAACAAUGGCCACCACCAAUGCACAUUGACCCCAUAAUGUUAUCCAUGCACUUAGGAAAUUCCAUCAAGCCUAUGAUAACGAACAAUUUACCUUAUCUUAAAGGGAAAUCGCCCAUUGGAUGUCGUGACCCAGCUACCCUCGAGUUUCUUAGAAGUCAAGGAGUGGAGGCAUUUUAUUCAAGUUGUAUGACUCUAAUGAUGAAAAAUCCCAGCAAARGYGCUGAAAGAACUGACAACAUUUAUUUGGUGGACGUCAACGAUGCGGUAAGAAAGCUGCUACCAUCGGRGAUUCAACAAAAAGGCAUUUCAUUGGAGCAUAACGUGAAAGGAGAAUCGCGUUUAAAUAAAUUGGCUAGAUUUAGAUCAGCUUACAGCUUAAUUGAAAACUAUGCUCGAGCAAAGUUAGUUGUAACGCAGCGCAUCCACUGUGCAUUACCAUGUGUUGCCAUGGGAACACCAGUCAUAUUCAUUAAUUCUACCAGCAUGCCUGGUGGUGGCGGUACAAAGAGGAAGAGCUCGCCACAAACUGAAGGAUUCCAGGAACUCUUCCACAUGCUGGAUUUGUACAAAAUGUCAAGUAAUGACGCCAAAAAGUGGCUACAAAACUUUGAUUGGAGCAAUCCUCGCCCUCUUUCGUCUUCUUCAAGUCUUCUGAAAAGGUUAAGGGCAACAUCAUGGAAUAUAAUUCGUCGGAAAAGAAAAUUGCACGAGUCUGCGUUGAAAUUCGGUAUCAUUCCUUACCAUAAUUCUCUUCUUAAGGAGGACAAAAAUAAGCAAGAUUUGUUUCAUCUGAUAUUCACUACUCGUGAAGCUCAAGUUGUUGAAGUAUUCUCUGAUAAAAGUAAAGUUUCAGCUCGAUUCAACUGGCGACACUGGCGUUGCAUCGAGUCGAUCUUUUAUCAUCAUCCACUUGCAAAAGUACUAGUACACAGCAAUACAUUACCACUUGCAAUGUUUGAAGUUCUUGAGGAAUCUGGAUAUGAUAUCGAAGUCCGAAGAUAUAACUUAUGGGACAUAGUCAAAGGCACCCCCGCCGAAAAUUUUAUGAAAGAAAAGUAUAAGAAAGUUAGAAAUGGUAAGUUCUGGUACAGCCAUGAGACUGAUCUUCUGCGMACAGCCAUACUUUAUAAAAUGGGUGGUGUGUACAUGGAUACCGACGUUAUACUGGUGCGAUCUCUUAGAAAGUUACCCAUCAAUGUUGUGGGAUAUGAAGUUGAUGGGAGAAUGAUGAACGGAGCAUUCAUGUAUUUUGAGAAAAAUCAUCGAUUUUUAUUUGAAAUUUUGAGGCAUUUUAAUCAAGAAUACAGGCCAAAUGGGUGGGGAAAUGUUGGUCCUAUUCUUAUUACCAAGUUAAAUCCUUCUGCUCAUUACAAUGUCACUGUUCUAGAUCAUUAUGCAUUCUACAUGUUCCACUAUUUCAAGGUACUUUAUGAAUGUUUUCAGCAAACAAAUGGAGCAACGUUUAGAGAAAACAACGAGAUUUUGAGAGAAAAAGCUUUUGGUGUUCACCUAUUUUCUAAGUACAGCGGGAAAAUUGGUUUGAAAAAGAAAUUGAAAGAGGGAACAAUAUGUAAAAAACUAUUCAACGCGUAUUGCAUUUUGUGUGACAAACGAUAUUAGAUCAGGUUCAAAACAGCACGAAAUCGCAAAUUUCCGCUUCCUUUGUGAGGUCAGAAAAAAUGCAUAAAGAAGUGUUUUGAGAAAACAUUUCCCUUUUUACGUUUACUUUACUCUCAUUAAUAUUCAUACAAGGCAAUAAACAAUAGAAAUCAUAGCCAA